AUGAAGUCGGAAGCCUUUUUAGUUUUCGUAUUCUUCUUUUCUGUCGGAUUAAUUUAUGGCGAAGCCGCAGAAACAAAGGAACUUGAAAAUGUAAUUUGCAAAAAAUGUAACUGCAACGCAGACAAAAACAUCAUCGACUGCAGUAAAAAAGGAUUGAAAAAAAUGUUCAGCUAUGACGACUGGGCUGCAUUAAACGAGACAAACGACAGCUACGAGGAAUUAUUGAUGGAUCACAAUAAUCUCGAGAGUAUAGACGUUCAAUUCCCACCAUUGAAAUUUCCACUGAAGCGAAUCAUCCUCAGCCACAAUAAAAUCAAUAAAAUUGCCAAGUCUGCAUUCGGAAAUUUGACAUAUCUUGAAGAAUUGGAUUUAUCAUACAAUGAGAUGACAGCUCAGACCCUUAAGCCAGAUAUAUUCAAGGGUAAAUAUUCAGCUGAUGAAUAUGAGCCGAUUGUUACAUUGAAAAUUUUACGUCUGGGCAAUAAUCUUUUGCACUAUCUUGACGAUGACUUAUUUGAGCACACGCAGCACAUUCAAGAGCUUUAUUUGGAUAAUAAUCCAAUUCAAGUCAUUCAUCCAAAUAUAAUGUCAGCCUUUAGUGAUAUCCCACAAUUGCAAGUGCUAGAUUUGAGUCGUAAUGAGCUCACUGAUCUCCCAAGUGCCGUAUUUCAGCCUGUUAAAGCAUUGAGGGUAUUAAAUCUUGAAGGAAAUUUAUUCCAUAAAAUUCCACGAACAGCACUCAAAUAUGCUCAAAAUCUUCGUGAGCUCUCAUUCGAUGAUAAUCCAAUUGAUGACUUAAAUGACGUGAAUGCCUUUCCGUCCUUGGCAAAAUUGGAGAAACUUAAUUUGACGCACAUUGGAUCAUUGAGAUCAAUUGGCGAGGGAGCAUUUGGUGGAUUUCCAAAGCUUACAGAACUUCAUCUAUCCAACAAUCAUCAUUUAUCGUUUAUUCAUCCAGACGCCUUCCAAUUUCCUGAACAAGAUGAUGAUAACCGUACACAAUGGGCACCCGUCAAGAAGCUCUUUCUGAAUAACAAUAACUUGACGACAUUGGAGAGUAAUUCAUUCAUAACUUGGGAUGAUAUGAACGAGAUUCAUAUUCAUGAUAAUCCAUGGCUUUGUGACUGUAACUUGAAUUAUGUAUUGAAGCAUUUAAUGCCAAUUAUUAACAAAACAACGCCGCAUUUGAUUGAACACAUUCAAUGUGCUGAACCAAGUGUUUAUGCUGGCCAUAAACUUAUGGAUUUUAAAGCAAGUGAUUUUGAGUUUAGAUGCAUGGAUAAAUACAAUGCUCAUCCGGAACGUGACAGUGCAUUACUUGUUGCUCUUUUCUUAGGAAUUAUUCUCGGUAUGCCAUUAACAUGUGCCUGCAUAUUAAUUUAUCAGCGAUUAUUCAGACCGAAGCAGGGUGCCGCUAAAUAUUCCAGAGCUUUUUAUAAGCGUGCAGACAUGCAGGACGAUAUGCAUAUAUAA